ACAGCCUUUUAAAGUAAGUGUACGCUGCGAUAAACAGCCGAAGGUCGUUUCAAUUGUCGGCGCGCGACUGCAACAGCGCUAAACGAAACAGAGCGAGUGCGAAGCACCUACAGCCGGGUGGAAUUUCCUCCGUUUCGUUACUGUUACUUAUUACGUGGGGGCCACGAUGUGGUUCGUGUCCGAAGUGCUGACGAUCAACGCGCUCAGCGGUUUGUUCGGGCUGUUCCUCCAAGCCGACUACAGCACCCGCAUAACGCUCCACGCGGACGUCGAGGUUGUCGAGAACAACACGAGCACGCGGAACUUUGAAUUCCCAGCAGCUGCCGUGGAAACGAUCAAUGCCCUGGCGCGCAACCGAUUUCCCGACACUUUCCGGCUCGGAGCGGCCUCCUCGGCCUACCAGGUCGAGGGGGCGUACAACCGUUCCGGCAGGGGGCUGUCGGUGUGGGACUACUGGACCCACGAGCGCCCGAGUCUGAUCAGGGACGGGGGUAGCGGUGACGUCGCGUGCGACUCUUUCAACAAGUGGCCGGACGACGUCGGGCUCGUCAAGGACAUCGAGGCCAACGCUUACCGAUUUUCUUUGUCCUGGUCGCGAAUCCUCCCCAACGGCCUGUCCAACCUGGUGAGUCCCGACGGCGUCGGGUACUACAACGAGCUGAUAGACAAGCUCGUCCUCGAUGGUGUCGCGCCCAUGGUGACGAUCCACCACUUUGACGUUCCCCACAAGCUGCAGCUGCUCGGCGGCUGGACGAAUCCAAGGAUGAUCGACUACUUUGAGAGCUACGCCCGGCUGGCCUUUGCGUACUUCGGUGACAGGGUGAAGCUCUGGGUUACGAUAAACGAUCCCUGGGAGUUGUGCAAUCGGCAGCUGGGCGACCCGUACAGGCCGAUCUACAACGACAGCGGGAUCGGUAACUACCUGUGCGGCCAGCACGUGUUACUGGCGCACGCGCGAGCCUACAAUAUGUAUCGGAGCGAGUUCCAGAGGCUCCAGCGGGGCAAGGUGGGCAUAAGCCUCGGGGCACGAUGGUUCGAGCCGGAGGAUUACACGUCGCCGGAGGACGCGGAGGCGGCCGAGUUGAGCUUUCAGUUUGCCAACUACUGGUUCCUCCAGCCGCUGCUCGGCGAGAUGGGAAAUUACCCCGAGCCCGUGAGGCUCGCCGUCGAGCUGAGGAGCGCCCUCCAGGGCUACCGAUCUUCUCGGCUGCCCGCGCUCGACCGCCAGCAGAUCGAGCUCCUCAAGUCUAGUCUUGAUUUCCUCGGGUUGAGCUUCUUCACGACCUACUCGGUGCGAUCUAUCGCCACUGGUGCUCCGCCCGCUGCAUAUGAUUGUGGUAGUGCUGCUACACCCGGGGAGUCGUCCCUAGAGGCCGACAUGGCUGCGACUUGGCUGCCCUACGAGGACGCCUUCGGUGCUCACGAGGUCAAGAACACGGCGGGGAAUUUCGGCAAGUUGCUGAAGCGACUGAGCGACGACUACAUUUUGCCAAAGAUUUACAUAACUGCUAAUGGUUAUCCGGACUUUGGGGAGUCUUACGACGUGGACAGAGCAGUUUACCUGUACGACCACAUGGGCGAGCUGCUCGAGGCGAUGAAGUCUGGUCUUGAUGUUCGGGGUUACUUUGUUUGGUCCCUGAUGGACAGCUUCGAAUGGCAAGAUGGUUACAGCAAACGCUACGGCUUGUUUUCGGUUGACUUCAACGACGAGGGUCGUCCGAGGAGAGCAAAGUUGUCGGCAAACGUGAUUCGAUCGUUUUUUAAAUCGAAAAAACUUCCGGAAAAUUUUACAACUGCAUUACGAAGUGUGAAAGGUUGGUCGAUGGAUUAAUCGGAGCAAUAAAAGUAAACACAGAAUGUAUCUUUUGGCAUUAUUUAUUUUAGUUUACAGUAAUAAGGUGUAACGAUUUUGUUUCUUGUUGUACACAGUGGAAUAAAAAUAGUUGGUUCAACCAGUCAUACACUUCAUUUAUUUUCGUUAAACAUUAAUUUUUAAUACACUAUUUUAAUCACUUUGUUGACAAUGUAUUAUUUACAAUUGACUUAUCUUCAUUUUAUUCUAGCUAUUGAUAAUCAAAUACUGGUAACUUUGGGUUUCAUCAAGUAUUAACGUUAAAAAAAAAACAAAAAAAAAACCGUAUAAAAAAUGAACGAGAAUUAAAAAAACUCAAAAGUCGUACUU